AUGGCAUCAGAUAUUCCUGGCUCCGUGGCCUUGCCGGUGGCACCAAUGGCAAGUGGACAAGUGAGAAUGGCAGGAUCCAUGCCUUCCAGAGGAGGAAAGCGCCGCUCUGGAAUGGACUUCGAUGAUGAAGAUGGGGAGGGACCCAGCAAAUUUUCAAGGGAGAAUCAUAGUGAAAUUGAGAGACGCAGGAGAAAUAAGAUGACACAGUACAUCACUGAACUGUCUGAUAUGGUGCCCACUUGUAGCGCGUUGGCUCGUAAGCCUGACAAGUUGACAAUUCUUCGGAUGGCCGUUUCACACAUGAAAUCAAUGAGAGGCACUGGAAACAAAUCUACUGAUGGAGCUUACAAGCCUUCGUUUCUUACAGAACAGGAACUGAAACAUCUUAUCCUGGAGGCUGCAGAUGGGUUCCUGUUUGUAGUUGCAGCUGAGACGGGAAGAGUGAUCUACGUAUCAGACUCUGUGACUCCCGUGCUGAACCAGCCACAGUCUGAAUGGUUUGGCAGCACUUUGUACGAACAGGUUCAUCCAGACGAUGUGGAAAAGCUGCGAGAGCAACUAUGUACAUCCGAAAACUCUAUGACAGGACGAAUCCUGGACUUGAAGACUGGAACAGUAAAGAAAGAGGGUCAGCAGUCCUCAAUGAGAAUGUGCAUGGGAUCGAGGCGCUCUUUCAUUUGCAGGAUGAGGUGUGGAAAUGCUCCUCUGGAUCAUUUACCUCUGAACAGAAUAACCACCAUGAGAAAAAGAUACAGGAAUGGCCUUGGCCCAGUAAAAGAAGGCGAAGCACAGUAUGCUGUUGUCCAUUGCACUGGCUAUAUCAAGGCUUGGCCACCAGCAGGAAUGACUAUACCAGAAGAAGAUGCUGAUGUGGGACAAGGUAGUAAAUAUUGCCUCGUGGCAAUAGGAAGGCUUCAGGUAACUAGCUCUCCAGUGUGCAUGGACAUGAAUGGCAUGUCGGUCCCAACUGAGUUCUUGUCUAGGCACAAUUCUGAUGGAGUCAUCACCUUUGUCGACCCAAGGUGCAUCAGCGUCAUUGGCUACCAGCCCCAGGAUCUUCUGGGGAAAGAUAUUUUAGAAUUCUGCCAUCCUGAAGAUCAAAGCCAUUUGAGGGAGAGUUUCCAACAGGUUGUGAAACUGAAAGGUCAAGUCCUGUCUGUGAUGUAUCGUUUUCGUACCAAAAACCGGGAAUGGAUGCUGAUCAGAACCAGCAGCUUCACAUUUCAGAAUCCUUAUUCCGAUGAGAUUGAAUACAUCAUCUGCACCAACACUAAUGUGAAACAACUUCAGCAGCAGCAAGCAGAACUUGAAGUACAUCAAAGAGAUGGGCUGUCAUCCUAUGACUUAUCUCAGGUGCCUGUUCCAAGUAUACCAGCUAACGUUCAUGAGGGUGGAAAGUCUGUGGAAAAGCCUGAUGCUAUCUUCUCCCAAGAGAGAGAUCCUAGAUUUGCUGAGAUGUUUGCUGGAAUAACUGCUUCAGAUAAAAAAAUGAUGGCCUCAGCAUCCACAGCAGGAAACCAGCAACUUUACUCACAGGGAAGCCCAUUUCAGCCAGGACAUUCGGGAAAGACUUUCAGUUCAUCUGUGGUACAUGUGCCUGGUGUGAACGACAUCCAGUCUUCUUCAUCAACAGGCCAGAAUCUGACACAGAUAUCUCGCCAGCUAAAUCAGAGUCAGGUUGCCUGGACAGGAAAUCGCCCGCCAUUUCCAGGACAGCAAAUUCCAUCUCAGUCUGGCAAGGCUCAGUCAUCUCCCUUUGGGAUUGGAACAAGUCACACCUACCCAGCUGAUCCGUCGUCAUACAGCCCCCUUUCCAGCCCAGCCACCUCUUCUCCAAGUGGGAAUGCCUACUCUAGCUUAGCAAACCGAAGUGCAGGGUUUGCUGAAGGUGGCCAGAGCAGCGGCCAGUUCCAGGGUAGACCUUCCGAAGUCUGGUCCCAGUGGCAGAGCCAACAUCACAACCAGCAAAGCGGCGACCAGCAUUCGCACCCGCAGCCCAGUCAGACCGAGGUGUUCCAGGACAUGCUGCCAAUGCCGGGGGAUCCGACACAGGGUACUGGCAAUUACAACAUUGAAGAUUUUGCUGACCUGGGCAUGUUUCCACCAUUUUCUGAGUAGCUUGCGAAGCAGAAAUGGAAGUUCUUCUCCAAGGCCAUUUCAGUGUAAUUUUGGCUCUGCUUUUUCUGUGUUGCAUUUCUGUAGAAGCUACUAAACCAGAAGACACAUUUCUCAUGUUUCAGAUAGUGGUGUAGGGCUUGCUCUCUCCUCCUUGGGGUGCGUCAGUGCCGACAGAGGAGCUCCAGCACUUGUUAGUGUUCAUUGACAGCUCCAUUUUAUUUUUUUUUUUUAUUUUAUUGUCAUCUACCUCAGAGAUGAAAAACUUUGCUUGAUUUAAAAAAAAAAAAUCUCUGAGUCUUAAA